UCAUUAGACAAUUAUGCAGUCGCGAGGGACGUCUAUGCGAACCAGUAAGCAUGUCGUGUAAAUUACUGUUUCACUCAACAGUCUCAACAUCAAAAGAGUUUUGGGGUGCUUGUAGGGACUGGCUGAACUUUUGAGUAGUUAAGCUUCAAAAUUUGGGAAAUAGAGAAGAAUAGAAAUGUUUAUCAGCUUGAAAGUAGCUCUUCUAGUUGGUUUGUUUCUUACUCAGUUUACAAUUCCUUGCAUUUCAAAGGUGACUGCUGUUCCCACUGACAUUCUUGUUCCUGGCAAUGAAGCAGGCGUGAUUGAGAGUUUGGAAAAGUCCGUCUUUGAGUUUCUAAAUCUCACAGGUCUUGACCAAAGUUCAGUUUUGAAAAUAGGGGACUUAGCGGUGGGUUCUUUGCAAGUACUCGGUCUUCUUUUGCAACAUCGAGAAACUGGAGUGAACGAAACCUUUUCUACUCCUGGCGGUCUUCCCUGCAACACCCUUCAAAGGGCAGUUUGCUAUUUUCAUUUUGGAGCUGACAUAUGUUCAACUUUGGGCAGCUGUGGUCGAUUUACUGGAGGAAUUUGUAGCAAUGACUAUUUCAUUGCCUGCGGUUUUUGCGUUUGUG